AUGGAGGCUAAUGCAACUGAUAUUUCAGUAACAAUAAGAACACAACCUGAAUUUAGUUUUGAGGUUCGGGAUAAUGGUUGCGGAAUAUCAUUUGCUGAUAUGAAACAGGUAGGAGACUCCAGAUACUUAACUUCCAAAAGCAAUGCAAAGGGAGAAUCGCUUCAUUCCAUAAUUAAGACUUGCAACACAUGCAUCAUUUCAAAGCGUGCGAAUUUUCCAAAAGCUUUUAAAAAAGUGUUUGAAGACUCUGUUUCAUCAACUGUUCGCGCUUUUCCAACCUGGAAUUAUGGUGAUUCCGGAACAGUUAUAUCAUGCUCCAAUUUGUUUUUCCACUUUCCAGUGAGAAAGAAGAUGCUUGCCCAGACACUUUCCCAAAGCUUGAACGACGUGGUAGAAUUCAUAAAACAAACCUCACUAGUGUCAUUGGAUAAAUCCUUUUGUUUGGUGGUGGACGAUGGGCUGAUAGCAAAUGUUAAGACAUCCACGUUGGCUCUCUCAAAUCCUGGACAAGCGCUUCUGGAUAGGUUCGAACAAUAUCAUGGAAGGGGAGAAAAUGCAGUGGUGAUUUCACGAAGAGAGUUUGACGGGGUUUUUGUUUCAGGAUUCUCUGCAACUUCACAAUCUCGAUGCGUUCAAUAUGCUUUUGUGAACAACAAGAGUUUGGAUGUCGAAAAGUUCACCAAAAAGGAUGAGUUUUGUUUUGAUUAUGUUCUUGUUGCUGAAUGCCCUACUCAAGAUUGGAGCACAAUUUAUCAAGCUCUCCGGAAUGCGUUGUUUUUUUGCAAAAUGGGACCAAUCUCUGUCCCAAUUACUUCAGAACAACUGUUUAAAUUGGAGAAUGAAGAGAAAGAAUUCAAGCCAACUAGUCUCUCGUUAUUUAACAAGCUCUAUGGAAACGCCUCACGACAACCGAGCCUCAUCCAAACAAAGAAGGGAAUCCAUGAGCUAAUGGAACACGCUAUACAACAGAGAGGUCUACCAAUGAAGAAGAACAGGAGCCCCUCGUUAAGCAAUGGUGUUCGCCUUGAAAAAUUAAAAUACGAGAGAAACGAAAUUUCGUCGUUCAAGUUUAAUAAGGAACAUCUUGCAAGAUUAAGCGUGAUCAGACAAAUUGCAAACAAAUUCAUUAUUGCGCUCUUGAAAGAUCAAAACAAUAUCUUAAUAGUUGCCAUUGAUCAACACGCUGCAGACGAAAGAAUUCGAUUGGAAAACUUUGAAAAUGCCAUUUUGGACAUAGUUCACAAGAAGCCUGGACCCAAAGUUUGUCCAGUACAGUAUUCCCAAACCAUAUCCAUGAGCUCUGAGAACGGCAAUUUGCAGAAUCUCCUAACAACCUUUCAAAGAAAAUUAGAAGAUUGGUUUUGGCGUUUUGAGAUUAUAACCAAAGAGCACAACAAGGCGUCACUGCACGUCAAAACAGUCCCUUGUCUGUUCAUUGAAAAUGAGACAGUCACCCUUAAUCACGAAGAUAUGAUGUCAUUUCUUUCUGAACUCGAGUACGAUUCCAGCUCAUGGAUUCCCAAACGAAUUCAUGAAAUUAUGAACUCUAAAGCAUGCAGAGGAGCAAUCAUGUUUGGUGACGCUCUUUCCAACGAACAGUGUCGUGAAUUAAUUCAAAAAUUAUCUCAAUGCACAUUACCAUUCCAAUGUGCUCAUGGUCGACCCAGUAAGUAG